GUUCUCUUUCACCUUCAAACUUUCAUUUUUCUAUCAACAUAGAAGAAUACACUCAAACACUGACAGAAUAAAUUUGAACACACUUCGAACAUUCUAUUUCUUCUCACCCAUCUCCUUCCAAAUUAGAUAUCAUGACUUCUGAAGCACCGCCUACUGGUCCUGGCCGUGGCGUUAGUCAACUUUAUCCAACAGCUUCAGUGACAGGCAGAGAAUCACACACACCUUCGGCUCACGCCUCUACUCGGAGUAUUAACCAGCUUCAUCCGUCCACUAGCCGCUCUCCAUCUCAAUCUUCCAAGGCCCUCUCUAAGUCACCAUCUUCCACUAGUCAAAACCAGUCUCACCAUCCCUCGGUAAAACCCUCUCAAACUCCAACUAUUACAGGUCCAUCUCAGACUACAUAUACUCAACCAACGUUAAGACCCUCUCACGCUGCAACCUUAAGGGGCGCAUCUCAAAAUUCAUCGCUUCAACCGUCUAUUAGACCUUCACAUGCAGCAACUCUCAGAGGCCUAUCCAAAGCUCCAUCCUCUUACACACCAUCUCGUGAUACAAUCAAAUAUACUGCCACAUCCCCUGAUACUCUAGGCCACGGAAGUUCUUUGAAGCCAUUUGACGGUGCCACCGAGCUAAAACGUGAUGUUUCUCGUCAACCAACAAUAAUGUUGCAAUCACCAUCUAAUCGCCAAACAUUUCUCCAACGUGACUCCAGUAUUUCCCAGCCCACACUCCUCAACCGAGACCAGUCCCGAAUGGCUUCAUCCAUGUCAACCAUAAAAGAAGCCAGCAUAAGCCCUUCCAAGCAGAUCGAAAGCAUGCCCAGCAUCCGCAGCAUUCUCAAUACCCCCAUGGAUAUCAAAAUGGCCAGUCGUCAACCCACAAUCAACAAUAUGAAAGGUGCCGAGCGCGCAGAACAAGAAUCCUGGGCUUUGGGAAAACUCGGAAAAUUGGAUACUGGAUGUCCGCAAAACUAUGGAUGGUCUCGCAGAAGUGAUGGAUAUAUAUGUGAUGGAGGAAGCCAUUAUAUUACAGAUGUGUUACUUGCGGAGGGAAUGGGUGGUAUGUUUGCGGUUAAGAAUAAACAUGAGUGGCAGGAUAGAAGUCAGGGUCCGUAUUAUUGGGUUGGGAAGAAUGCGGAGGGUAAAAAUCUUUUUUCGAAGAACAAGGAUGCCACGGUUGUUUAGGAAUGUUUUGAGUGUGUUUUUGGGUGAUAUAUAGGUAGAAUGGUUUCGUGUGUAUUAAAGUAAUCGAUGCUUUUACCAAUUGUUUUUUACGAACAAGAAGUGGAAUGAAGGUCAAGUGAAAAUGAAUAUUGAUAAGUGGUAGGAGUCUAUGAGACGAGACAUGGGCAUUUUGGUACUUUAAAAAUGUGGUAGAAUUCGUACCGAGCCAGCA